CGGUUCAUUCCUUGCUGACUUCAUAGAUCCGAUACUGGUUGAGUAGGACUCGCAGUCUCUACAGAACGGUCCCCGGUGUCACACGUGCUCUCGUACAUAAAUAGCCAUCCUAAGACGGGCGCGUUGCUCUAGUUUUAACUUCCUUCCUACUUCCCGAUCAUUCUAAAGUGGUUUUAAUAACUAGUAGUAUAGUUAUCGGUUCGAAUGUACGUGUUUAGGUUGUUUCAAGUAUGAAUCGAAAUGUAUCUAUCAUUUGAAAAGUGCCUAAGGUGAAAUAAGUUGGUGUUAACUACAAAAUAUACGUCACAUCUUUUAUCUCAGAAAUUAGAUAGAAAGCUUCAACUGGUCUCGAAACCUAGCAUGCUGGCUCCGAAUCGUGUAUAAUUUUAAGUGUGUCGUAACAUGCUGUUGUGAUAUCAAUAAUUCAUAACUGAAAGUGAGUGAUCGAUUGUAAAAAUGCGCCAAAUUACCACUUACGCGGUUGUGUUUUUUGCCGUCGUUCAAAUCUCCGUCCUAGCCAACUCACCUAAUGUAACAACACCGGAGAUGCCCAAAGGCAGCACUCAGUUGAAUCUGGCCAACGAAACGGAGCUUGUCGAUACGACACUACUAAUCAAAGAAUUCGAAAGUACGAUCCCCGCGAGUGAUGGAACCGCUGCUACGGUCAGUAGUAAUGGCAGUCACUCGACAGAAAACCCCAUCAGCACAAGCAGCGCGGCUCCAGUCGGAAAUGCAACCGAACCGACCGGUGUGACAGAAAACAAAACGAUGACCCCCGAGGAAAUCCAGAAGCUACUGAUCCCUCCGGCCAAAGUCAAGGCCGCCAUUCUACACCUCAACGAGACGGAAGAUACGCAUGAGAAGAAUACGAACGAUCCAAACUGUCCAUCUUUAGAAGACGCAGAUCACAUGUCGCAAACGCAGCUACUUUCCCGACUGACACAUGUUUGCCGAUUUGAUCGUUUGGAACGACCUAUGACCGUUAAAAAUGGUAAAAAAUUACCCGUAGAAGUAUUUGCUCGAGCAUAUAUCUAUUUUCUGCAAAAUUUGGAAGCACACGACCUGCAAUUCAAAAUUCACGCUCUUCUGCAGCUACGUUUUGUUGAUCCCCGUCUGGUUUUCGAAAAGGUGGCGCCCAACCGAACUGAGCCGAUCAUGGGCGAACAAUCGCUGCGCGAUGUAAUCUGGGUUCCACAUGUAUUUUUAGCCAACGAACGCAGUUCAGACAUCUUGGGUACUGCCGAAAAAGAUAUUUUAACAUCGAUUUCACCAGACGGUACCAUCAUCAUCUCGACACGUAUCAGUGCCACCCUGUACUGUUGGAUGAAUCUUCAGAAAUUUCCGUUUGACGAGCAGCAUUGCUCAACGGUACUUGAAAGUUGGAUGUAUAACGAGAGUGACCUCAUAUUGAAGUGGGAGAAGAGUACUCCGGUGACACUUGCACCCGAAUUACAUUUGACUGAAUACGUACUCCUAGAUAUGUUCACCAAUGAGACUAUAAUCAAUGCCGAUCUGAGUGAUCUCCGACACGGUGCAUUUGCUGGUAACUACAGUUCCUUGAGUUUCACAGUGCACCUAGCUCGGGAAAUGGGCUUCUACUUAAUGGAUUAUUUCAUUCCAUCUAUCAUGUUGGUCACGAUUUCGUGGGUGACAUUUUGGCUGCAAGCAGAUCAAUCUGCACCUCGAAUCACACUGGGGACGAGUACGAUGUUGACGUUUAUAACAUUGGCGUCCGCACAGGGAAAAACACUUCCCAAAGUGAGCUACAUUAAAGCUUCUGAAAUUUGGUUUCUGGGAUGUACGGGAUUCAUAUUCGGAAGUCUGGUCGAAUUUGCAUUUGUAAACACAAUCUGGAGGCGAAAAAAGAAUGUCGAGUUGAAGAAAAAGAACAGCAAGUAUAUAAUCAAAUCUUUGACACCCCUUCCCAUCAGAAAAGAUAUUGGUGGCUUGCAAAAAUCUCACUCAUGUACUAGUCUUGAUGGUCAAGCUACGGUAACUGCUUCAACAAAUUCGUUCAAUAAUUACCUAACUGUCCAUUCAUUUCCUUCAAAGUCCAACUCCACUUUUCCAACUAUUAAUAGUUCCAAUGCUGAUGGGUUGGACAAGCGAAGUAAUAAUGUUUCAAUUAGAAUUGAAGAUACCUCACUGAUAAACGGCGAUCAAAAACAAGAUCAAUCCGAUGUAAAUGGAAACGGAUGGACAACGAUGACACCACAGGAGAUUGCCAUCUGGAUUGACAAGCGAUCUCGAUUCGUUUUCCCGCUUUGCUUUCUAGUUUUUAACAUAUUUUACUGGUCGUUUGUGUAUUACACGUAGAUAGUGGUCAGCUAAUCAAAUAAAAGAUUUCGAUUUUACUUCCAAUGUGAUUUAGAUAGGAAUAACAAAAUAACAUUUGUGAAUUUAAGUUUUAAAAACAAGUGAUUUGUUGUACGAUCCUACUUAUGAUUUCAGUUUUUUGUUUGAAUUCUGGCUACUUGCUGUAUUAUUUAAACAUGGCCGAUCAAGCAAAAUAAGCAACGAAUGUUCAACUAAGAAAUAGUCAAUUAUUUAUAAAAUGAGUCAUAUUUAUAUUUCUUGAA